GCGUCCCUCCCCCUCCUCGUUGGUUUGCGCUUUUUCUGCUGUUCCGCUUCGAUUUCGUGAUUUUCUGAACAAAAUGGCUAUGGCAAAACCGAAGUCAGAACUUACGCCAGAGGAGCUGGCCAGACAGGAAGAGGAAGAGUUCAACACCGGGCCGCUGUCCGUGCUCACACAAUCGGUAAAAAACAACACUCAGGUGCUGAUCAACUGCCGCAACAACAAGAAACUGUUGGGCCGCGUGAAGGCCUUCGAUCGGCACUGCAACAUGGUGCUGGAGAACGUGAAGGAAAUGUGGACGGAGAUUCCGCGCACCGGUAAAGGCAAGAAAAAGGCGAAGCCGGUCAACAAGGACCGCUUCAUCUCGAAGAUGUUCCUGCGCGGCGAUUCCGUUAUUCUGGUCCUCCGUAACCCUCAGGCAACGGCUGCUGGCAAGUGAAUCUGUCCCGGGGCGUUGAAUAAACUAGCGUAAGGAACUUC